GAGAAGGGGGGCAGGUGCAUGGCAGGAGGGCAGUUGCCGGGUUCGGUAGCUCCGGGGCCACGUCGAGGGGUGAGCCCCGUGGCCCCUGCGGAAACGCUAGGAGGAGGCGGAGGCGGGAGGGAGCCGGUGUGUGAUGAGGAGCCAGGAGGCCUGUGGGUGGGAGGGGGGCAGCAGGGGAGACGCAGGGCCUGCGGGCUUCGGCUUUCCCUGGGUGGAACGGGAACCGUUGCAGCGUUUGGGCCAGGGAGCUGGCGUGGCGUGAAUAUCGGGUUUGAAAAGCCCACCCAGGCCGCAGUGGAGGCCGGGUUGGGAAGGGAAGCAGGGAGGCCUGUUAGUAACGGCUAAGUUCUAGGGCAUCCCUGCGGCCAUUAAAGUGGCGAACUUGAAAGGUGGUGAUGAUGACAGUUACCGUGGAAGUGUUCACGUUUUUGUGCUGAGCCCGGUGAGCGCGGGCUCCGCAGGCGUCAGCCUUUGCAGUCUCAGGGCAGCCUGUAGAGGGCGGUGUUCUCGGGGACCCUGCGGCUCAGGCCUGUUCAGCCAGAGGUGAUGCUCAGCGCUUGCUGCUGAAGCCCUUUGUUGAAAUGUGCAGCUCACGGGCAUCAAGUACACUCACAGCCAUCCCUUUCCAGAGCAUUCCUACGUCUUCAUUGCCAUCGGCAUCCUAAACCGAGGUGCAGUCAGGAUUGGAAAAGAUGCCAGCCCCAGCUGCCACAUAUGAGAGGAUAGUUUACAAAAAUCCCUCUGAGCACCACUACAUGAAAGUCUGCCUAGAAUUUCAAGAACAUGGGGUUGGACUGAAUGUUGCACAGUUCAAACAGCUGCUUAUUUCAGCCCUGAAGGACCUAUUUGGGGAGGUUGACGCUGCCUUACCCUUGGACAUCCUAACCUACGAAGAGGAGACCUUGUCAGCCAUAUUGAGAAUAUGUAGCAGUGGUCUUGUCAGAUUGUGGAGCUCUUUGACCCUGUUAGGAUCCUAUAAAGGCAAGAAAUGUGCCUUCAGAGUGAUUCAGGUUUCUCCAUUUCUCCUUGCGUUAUCUGGUAAUAGUAGGGAACUAGUAUUGGAUUGAAUGGUCUUCAAUUUCAGAAACAUUCCUCUGCUCUCAAAACAAUCUUUUGGUGCCAGCAUAAUGCUUGAUGACUGAAACAGGC